CAGUCGUUCGCUGUAUGUGCUCCAUGCUCAGGAAACAGCAGUGGAUCGUGCAGCGCGAGAGCAGCGCGAGUGUUGUUGUUGUUGUCGUCACUUGCAUAACACGCGUGUUUUGAUAAAUGGAGAAGCGUUGGCAGGGAUCACACAUUCUCUCUCAUUUGAUAACAAAGAAGAUAUGUCAUGACAUAAGUGCAAAUAAAUAACACAAAUAAAGUAAGUUAUGUUUGCAGAUACAUUGUUUUGUUUUGGAAAGCAUACCAUUUAGAUGAUACGGAACGAUACGGAAACUGCCACACCUACCACGAACAAAACAUAAAACAAAUAACUUACAACCAAGUUUUCUUUCGGUUUAAUUUAAUGAUGCGUUGGCAUUUCCUCGUACACUGCCGAUUUUCCGUGUAAAUUAAUGCUGGAGAACCGAUUGUUUAAAUGUUUCAUUGUUUAUGUUGUCGCAGUUCAUCCAAUCAACUGUCGAUAUGAUAAUUCCAUCGAUAUGAUUGGAUGAUGCAGUGUAUUCCUUUUGAGAACAGUGCGUUUUAUUUGUGAAUGAAUGAAUGAAUUAGCACAACCCAAAGGGGUUUUAACCAUACACAUAAAUAAGAGGUAUUUAUGAUAUCUGUGAUAUCUUGAAUUUCCUGGAAUCCCUACAAAAAUUAAUUAUAGUAACAAUACUUUACUCCAAAUUACAUAGUACUUUUAUUAGUAUUAUAAAAUUAUAAUGUAGUCCCUUAUAGAAACUAUAUUUAUUUAUUCGUUAAGUUGAUUCCCUCAUUCACUGAUAUUAAUGACAGAAACUGGUAUCUUUGAAAGAGGACGUUUAGUGUCUUUUGUUUCACAUUUGGUAAAGGUUGAAUGAUCACAGGGCAGGAUGACAGUAAAUCUUUAACUAUGGGAUGGCCGCUUCAUGCCACCCAAGAGACCGUCUGUGCAAGGUACAGGUUAACAAUCUCAUAUCUUUCCAACUUUGAGCUCCACAUUACCAGCAAAGUCUCAGGUUCACAGAGAGAAAAUGGCUUCAGCAGACGCUAUGUCCCCAAAGAUCACAGUGGAGUUGCUCAGGCAGCUCCGGCAGGCCAUGAAGAACAGCAAGUACAUCACAGAGCCCAUCCAAGCUUACAUCGUCCCGUCAGGAGAUGCACAUCAGAGUGAAUACAUCGCACCUUGUGACUGCCGUCGUGAAUUCAUCUGCGGAUUCAACGGCUCUGCAGGUACUGCUAUAGUGACAGAACAGCAUGCUGCUUUAUGGACGGAUGGGCGGUACUUCCUGCAGGCCAGCCAACAGAUGGACACUAACUGGACCUUGAUGAAAAUGGGACUGAAGGAAACACCAUCUCAGGAGGACUGGCUCAUCAGCGUUCUCCCAGAAAACUCCAGAGUGGGAGUUGAUCCUUGGAUCAUUGCUGCCGACCAGUGGAAGAACAUGUGGAAGGCUUUGAGCGGCGCGGGUCACUCUUUGGUGGCGGUGCAGGACAAUCUCAUUGACGCCAUCUGGGAGGAUCGGCCACCUCGUCCCAGCACCAAACUCAUCGCCCUGGGACUCAGAUACACCGGUCUCACCUGGCAAGAUAAAGUUACAGCUCUGAGAGGGAAAAUGGCAGAAAGGAAGAUCUCCUGGUUUGUGGUCACAGCUCUAGAUGAGAUUGCAUGGCUUUUUAACCUGCGCGGGUCAGAUAUACAGUACAACCCCGUGUUCUUCGCCUACGCGAUCAUCGGCAUUAGCAGCAUAAAGUUGUUUGUGGACAGCAAGCGUCUGUUGGAGCCUGCGGUCCGGGAGCAUUUGGAACUGGACAGCCCCAGCAAACCAGAUCUGACCGUACACUGUUUUCCGUACGAGUCUGUGUACACCGAGCUGCAGGCGGUCUGUGCGGCGCUGGCACCCAAAGAGAAGAUGUGGAUUUGUGACAAGGCCAGCUGCGCUCUUACACAAGUCAUACCCAAGGCCCACAGAUCUGCAAUCCCAUACACACCCUUAUGUCUGGCUAAAGCCGUCAAGAACCCCACAGAGAUCCAGGGCAUGAAGAUGGCACACAUCAAAGACGCAGUGGCGCUGUGUGAACUUUUUGCUUGGCUGGAGAAAGAGAUUCCCAAAGGAACGGUUACAGAGAUAUCAGUGGCAGAUAAAGCUGAAGAACUACGUAGUCAACAGAAAGACUUUGUUGGGUUGAGUUUUCCAACCAUCUCUAGUGUGGGACCGAACGGGGCGAUAAUACAUUACAGGCCUCUUCCAGAAACCAACAGGACUCUUUCUCUAAAUGAAGUUUAUCUUAUUGACUCCGGGGCUCAGUACUUAGAUGGAACUACAGAUGUGACGCGUACGAUGCACUUUGGGACUCCUUCUGAUUAUGAGAAGGAAUGCUUUACAUAUGUGCUAAAGGGACACAUCGCUGUCAGCGCUGCAGUGUUUCCCAGUGGAACCAAAGGUCAUCUGCUGGACUCGUUUGCUCGCGCUUCUCUCUGGGACGCUGGGUUGGACUAUCUUCACGGUACCGGCCACGGCGUCGGAUGUUUCCUGAACGUGCACGAGGGGCCGUGUGGCAUCAGCUACAAAACGUUUGCCGAUGAGCCUCUGGAGGCUGGAAUGAUUGUCAGUGAUGAGCCUGGAUACUAUGAAGAUGGAUCUUUUGGCAUUCGGCUGGAAAACGUUGUCCUGGUAAUUCCUGCCAAAACUAAGUAUAACUACAGAAACAGAGGUAGUCUGACCUUUGAACCCCUCACCCUGGUCCCCAUCCAGCUGAAGAUGAUCAACACAGAGCUGCUCACACAGAAAGAGCGUGAUUGGGUGAAUGACUACCACAGGAAAUGCCGGGAGACGAUUGGGGCGGAGCUCGAGCGCCAAGGCAGGAAGGUGGCUCUGGAUUGGCUGAUCCGAGAAACUGAGCCGAUUGUCUAAAAAUAUUGUUUACUGGUUUGUUUUGUCAUCGUCAUAUCGAUGGCCAUUGAUUUUUUUUCCCUCUUGCUCUCUCUCAGCUUUUCUGGUGGAUAUAUUUCAGUUUCUGCUUCUUUUGUAAAGCACGCUUUCAUCAGCUGUUUUAUGAGCCAAUUAAACCAUAUGGAAGAAGAUGCA